AUGCACUAUAUCUUGCCAAUUUUAGCAGCUACGUUGGCAGAUGGAAACAAGUUGAUGAAGAUAGAAGGAUUUCAGGGCAGAAAUGUCUCCUUCAAGUGCUCACACAGACUUGCAUGGACGUAUAAUAAAUACUUUUGCAAAGAUCCAUGUGGGAGCGAGAAAGACAGGCUGGCUACUGUAAAAUCUGGUGGAAGAGCAGAGUCCGGGAGGAUAACUCUGGUGGAUUCUGGAGAUGGAUCCUUCACUGUGACCUUGAGUCAUCUCCAGCUGUCAGACUCACAUCAGAAAUAUUGGUGUGGAGUGGACAGGCCUGGUUUGGACACAUACACUCAGAUACAGCUCACAGUAAAGAAAGCUGUUGAAACUGAGACACCUGAUGUUCCUACCACAUGGACAUAUCAGAAUACCAACACAACACAGUUAACAACUGGAACAGACACCAUUAAGCCUACAAAACCUUCAAUGGAAUCAUUCUCCACUAAAGAACAACCUAAAAUCAGCACAGGCACCAUUGUGUAUGCUGCAGUCGGGGGCAUUGCUAUGGCAUGUCUCCUGAUGCUGACAGUAUGCUUCAGGAAGUACAGAAAAACCUCAAAACCUCAACUACAAGUUUGCUUCAACAACACAGAUGUCAGCAGUGCGCAUCAACAAGAGGGAGCAGAGCAUCUUCAGAAGUUACCUGGGCGUUCCUCUAUUCAUACACACCAUCAAAGACUGGAUCCACCAGCAACUGAACCAACAGAAACGACAUCUAGCCUACACCUUCAUAUCUAUGAGAACAUAUCCGUGUCCAAACUUGCUGCAGCUUCAGAACAUCCACCCGCAGAGCAUCAAAAUGACCACGAUAAUAACUCUGGGAUCUACAUAAAUCCUUUGCCAGAUAGCUCCCUGUGA